CAUGCUGUGGGCCUACAAAGAGAGCAACAGAGUUGAUACCUGGCUGGAGGACAGGACACUGCUACAAGGUUUGUUGUGUGGACAUUGACCUUCACCCAAGUCUCCUGGUAAGACCGGCACUGCCAGGUAGCAGUGUAGAGCCUGAGACGCCCAGCCCUGAGAGGAGGCUCUAUAAAACACAGCAGACAUAGGGCACUCAACCCAGAUUAAAAAGGUCAGGCCCUGCAAUGAGAUGCAGUUUCCUUUGGGCCACUAAAGAGCAAAAAGAACUACACAAUCCACUGAGGACGCAUUGUCCGUCUCCCACCCUGUCCAUUGCAGAGGUAGCAGUGACUCCUAGAAUACCACCCCCUUCCCAUCGCCAGCAUGUCUGCUGUUACCUCAGCAACCCCAGCCCCUCCUCAGGGAGUCAACCCCCCACCCCCGGAGGUGACCAAUCCCACCAAACCAGGUCGGAAAACCAACCAACUACAGUACAUGCAGAAUGUAAUGGUCAAGACGUUGUGGAAGCAUAACUUCGCCUGGCCCUUCUACGUGCCAGUCGAUGCCAUCAAAUUGGGACUUCCGGAUUACCAUAAAAUCAUAAAGCAACCUAUGGACAUGGGAACCAUCAAAAAGAGACUGGAGCAUAACUACUAUUGGAGUGCCAGUGAAUGCAUGCAGGACUUCAACACCAUGUUCACCAACUGUUACAUAUAUAACAAGCCAACAGAUGACAUUGUCCUGAUGGCACAGGCCUUGGAGAAGAUCUUCCUGCAGAAAGUUGCCAUGAUGCCCCAGGAGGAGGUGGAGCUUCUGCCUCCUGCACCCAAACCCAAGAAAAGCAAAAGCAUAGGUGGUCUGGAUGGAAGUGAGUCACCACCGUCCUUCCCUGGCUCUACGACAUCUGUGAUUGGCUCUUCUACAAUGUCUACCAUCACCCCCAAAGUCCCAGCUGUGCAGUGCUCGCCCAAUGCUCCCAUGAUUCCCGUCGUCUCACCCUCACAACCUCUUGUCAAAAAGAAAGGGGUAAAGAGGAAAGCAGACACCACCACCCCCACGACAUCUGCAAUAACAGCCAGCCGGAGCGAAUCUCCCAGCCCCGUCUCAGAGGGCAAGCAGGGUAAAGUGAUGUCCAGAAGGGAGAGCACAGGCCGUCCGAUCAAAGCUCCCAAGAAAGACCUUGUAGAAGGGGAGUUGGGCCAGCAUGGCGGCAAGCGGAGCAGAAUGAGUGAGCAGCUCAAGUACUGCGACAGUAUCCUGAAGGAGAUGUUGUCAAAGAAACAUGCUGCGUAUGCCUGGCCCUUCUAUAAGCCUGUAGACGCUGAGGCUCUGGAGCUACAUGACUACCACGAGAUCAUAAAGCACCCCAUGGAUCUCAGCACUGUCAAAAAAAAGAUAGAUGGCCGGGAGUAUCCAGAUGCACAGAUGUUUGCAGCGGAUGUUCGAAUAAUGUUCUCAAAUUGUUACAAGUAUAACCCUCCAGAUCACGAGGUUGUUGCCAUGGCCAGAAAACUCCAGGAUGUGUUUGAGAUGCGUUUUGCUAAGAUGCCUGAUGAACCGGUGGAGCUGAGCCCCGGUGCAGGCGGUAUGGUCAGUAAAGGUGACAACUCGAGCAGCGGUGACUCCUCCAGCUCGGACUGCUCCGACUCGGAGGAGGAGCGGGCCUCCCGGCUCGCUGAGCUGCAGGAACAGGUGGGUGCGGAACAGUGUAUCUCUCUGGAGCGCCCCAAUGGUAGCGGGCAGGGGGGAAAAAACGGGUGCACCAAGCGUUUUCAGCUAAAGGCUGUCCACGAACAGCUUGCCGCGCUCUCUCAGGCCCCUGUGAGCAAACCGAAGAAGAAAGACAAGAAGGAGAAAGACAAGAAGAAGAAAGACAAGGACAACAAGCACAGCAAAACCAAGACGGACGAGGAGAAGAAGGCCAAGUCUGGGCAGCCUGCCAAGCAGGGCCAGCAGAAGAAACUCUCCAGGAAAGCCAACAGCACAGUGACUGGCUCCAGGCAACCAAAGAAAGGGGGCCGGGGCUACGAGUCUGACGAGGAGGAGUCCCUGCCUAUGACGUACGACGAGAAGCGCCAGCUCAGCCUGGACAUCAACCGGCUCCCAGGAGAGAAGCUGGGCCGGGUUGUGCACAUCAUCCAGUCCCGAGAGCCCUCGCUGCGAGACUCCAACCCAGACGAGAUCGAGAUUGACUUUGAGACGCUCAAACCCUCCACCCUACGCGAACUCGAGCGAUACGUCAAGUCCUGUUUACAAAAGAAACAGCGGAAACCCCAACAGAAGGGUGCUGGUACUGGUGCGUCCCGUCUCAGCGGCAGCAGUAGUUCUUCAGAUUCUGGCAGCAGCAGCUCCAGUGGGUCCAGUUCUGACAGCAGUGACUCCGACUGAAAAGCGUAGCCCGAACACUUGUUGGGAACUAUUCAUUUAAAUUUUUACCCUUUUUUAAAGUAAAAUGUUGUAUGCAGUCAGUUGUUUCCCCCUAUAACACUUUAUGAGGAAAAAACAACUAAAUGUAAUGCUAUGUCAGAACAUGUCAAGUGUUUUUUUUUUUUUUGUAAAUACCUUUGUGGAAAGAAAAAGGAAAAAACAUGGGAAAUUAUAGAUGACUUGACAGGGUUAUUUUUGUUUCCUCUACCUUUUCAAGGGGGAUGUGUUAAAAACCGACCAAACAUAAAACGAGGAUUUUGUAAUACACUCUUGGAUGAAUGCCAGAUGUCUUUUCAUUUCUCCUAAUACCACCAUCAACAAAAUGAAGGAGUUGCAUAGUUACCAAAAUGCAGCAGAACCCCAUGUCCUCCUUGUCCCAUCACUGCUACAUAAGCAAUCAUUUGCCCAGCGGGUACUGUAACUGUCCUGUUCAAUUACUUUCAUCAAAUUUUCUAAACUUCUCAUCCAGCUUAGUUUUUUUCGCCCUUGUAACAAAAAAGUUAUCUUUUGGAAUAGGGCCUUAUGUGGAUUUUGAGUUGUCACUCUUCUAAUCAUUUGACUUUCUACAAAAAAUGUUUUGUAAUUAUUGUUUUAAAUUGAACGUUUUAUUUAACUAGGCAAGAACAAAUACUUAUUCACAAUGAUGGCCUAUCGGGUUAACUGCCUUGUUCGGGGGCAGAACAACUGAUUUUUACAUUGUCCGCUCGGGGUUUGGAUCCAGCAACCUUUCGGUUACUAGCCCAACGCUCUAACCACUAGGCUACCUGCCUCCCCCAAGUACUGAACCUCAUUUGCCUCCGAGUGACACAUUUCAGAUUAUUCUGAGCAAUCAUGUUGGUCGUCUUCAUCAGCAUAUACAGCCAAAUUGAAUGGUAUUGCUGUUAUUCUUUUACUGUAUCAUAACUGACAUGGUCUCUUAUUUUUGAACCCGGCAGUAUGUCAAGUUUUAGCUAAAUUGUAUUUUAGUAGCUGGUCUGAGUGGUUAUGAAAGAACAUUUUAACUUAUAGAAUUUAGAUAUUUACAGAUGCUUUUGGUCAGAAGAAAUGGCAAUACAAUAAUUUGCUCAACAGUUUGAUUCGUUACUCACAACAUGACAACCACUAGGUAUGGUGGCCUCUCCUGUACAUGUAUUUCCUGGCCUGCCUCUUGCUUGAUCUACGAUUCUCACUGAUGAAUGUACUGUGUGUAUGAUGCCCUGAAUGAUUGUGUUCCACCAGGUCAGUGACAUUGUGUACAUCACUGCUUUAUAUAUGAUGGGACGGCUAAAACUGUACAUAACUGACCUGUGUACAUUUUCAGUACACUGGCGUAGGAGCAUGUCUUUCACUUUUGACUCUAUUGCAAAGUGCACCUGCUGUCUGUUGGGUCUCUAUUCCAAACAGCAGUGCCCUGUUUGUUUUCUCUGUCCAAAGUAAUGACAUAAACAAUGAAAGCAGGACAAUAUUGUGAACUGUGGGGUUUUCUCUGAAGUGCGGGGUAUUGAUUUGAAUGUAAGUCGUUACCACCAGGUAAUUUGUUUUGUGACUAAAUGCCACCGCCUCUCAUAGUCUUCAGUUCUUUUUUUCUCUCCAACUCAUCUUUUAUUUUUAUCUCAGAGAACAAAGAGUUAUGUAUUCAUUUAAGAAUAUCCCUCAUAUUCCAACCCUGUAAGAAUGCAUUUUAUUAUUUCAUGAAGUCUGCCUGAACGAUUUGCCUAAUGUACCAUUUCUGGUCAGUUUUUUUCUGGAAUUGGUUCAAAAUAACAUUUAAGCCAUUUUGGAUUUAAUUUACUGUUAAUAAGUUGAUACAUUUAAAGAUUUAGUCAUAUGCAUUGUUAUUUUAAGCUAUGGUGGAAAUAUUUCUUUGAUUUUGUGGUAAUGUCCUUCAUACCAGGUUGCACUUAAUUGCAAAACUCCCCAAAUGAUGUUGAAUGCAUUUCUCUGCCUAUACCAAUGUUCUCCAGUACAGGCCCUAUCAGGUUUUUCUAAGAAUGAUGUCUUUUCGAAGUGAAAGACUGAAAAUAUAAAUGUAUAGAUAUAUAUUCAACUUUUAGUUUAUUUCUAGGCCCAGGUCAAAAUAUUAUAAUCGUUCCUUUUAUAUUUUAAAAAGCAAAUGUUUACUUUUUAUCCUUGAUGUGCAUGCAAGUUUAUUGUAACUUUCUUAUACCUUUUUUGAGCUGUUUAUUUGAGUCAUCAAAACAAAUAAGUUCUGUGUAAGUAGUUUUAGUCUUGUUUAAUGCAAUAUGGGCCUGAGUGGGUGGGAUUUGGGGACUGGAGGUAGAAGCUAACAUUUCAUGUAACCGCUAACCUGGAAUCAGGUCUCAUUUUUUUGUGUGUGUGUAUGUAAAUAAAUUACAAGACCCUA